AUGGUAUGGCUGGCGUUAUCAAAUUCCUUUCCUAGUAUCUAAAGGUUUUAGGGUAAUCGCACCAGACCUUCGAGGAUACGGUCAAACAGAAGCGCCCCGAUGCCCACCUAACAGUCUUCAUCAAUAUGGUUUUAAGAAUAUUUGCAAGGAUCUUAAAGAAAUAAUGGAUCAGCUUAAGAUUAAAAAGGCCAUUUUUAUUGGACAUGAUUGGGGUAGUGUCGUAGUCUGGAGGAUGUGUCUUUAUUAUCCAGAACGAGUCCGUGCUGUAAUUAGCCUUUGUAUUCCUUACACUCCACCUAAUGAUACGUAUCUCAGUAUUGAGUCGAUUGUCGAAAUUUAUCCACAGUUUAAGUAUCAUAUUUAUCUUUCUCACCCAAAAGCCGAAAUUGAGUUAAAUAGUAAUCCAGAAACAUUCUUCAAAAUUGUUUAUCGCACUUCGAAACCAGAUGACAGGCGUAAAAUUUUUGAUGGAAAUUCUAUGACAGGAAUAGCUAUUGAAGGCAUAGAACGAAGUCCCUUAAUCAGUCAAAAGGAAUUGGAUUACUAUGUUUCACAAUACCAAAUUAAUGGGUUUCAUGGAGGCUUGAAUUGGUAUAAGACUAAAAAGAUCAACUUUCAAGAUGAGAAGGGCGCUAGGAAGCAAAUAGAUCAUCAAGCUCUCAUGGCAA